GCAAUGUGGCUUACAGUAAAUGGGGAACUUCCUUGUCACCUGGCUGACAGCUCUUAAAGAUAGUACCUCAGCCUAUUCUAUAGCAUCAUACUGUGAGUGUACUAGAAGCACUUUCUAAAUCUGGAACAGAACAAAGUAUUCCAACAACAAUGGAAACUGCAGUAGCCAUCUCUCUCACUCUGUUCAUACUCACAGGUCUCUGUGCUGGUCAGGGUCUGUUUCCACAAGGUUCUGUGAAUGGAGCAGAAGGAGGGACAGCGAUGUUCAUCACAAAUCUAAUCCCACCAGCCCAGCCGUUCAUAAUAAUAUCCUGGACUGUUGGUGGAGCCAACAUUAUAACCUCUACCAGUGAUGACUCUAUAGGGCCUGGAUACGGAGACAGGAUCACUCUGAACAAAACUACUGGAUCUCUGGAGCUCAGGAAUCUGACCCUGGCUGACAGUGGAGGAUACAGAGUGGCUAUAACAACAGCUACAGCAGAAACAAUCAAUGGAUCAACUGAACUGGUUGUGUAUGAGAAUAUAUCUGAUGCCAACAUCAAAGGACCACCAAACCAUCUGUUUGCAGAUUGGAGCUCCGCCAACUUAACCUGUGAGGCUGCUGGUAACAUCACUACUAUACAAUGGACGAAGGAAGGUCAGCCUCUGUCUGCCGGUGGCAAUAUAUUAUUCUCAGAGGAAAACAGGAAAGUAUCCAUCAGUCCUGUGAAGAGACACGACAGCGGAGAAUAUGUGUGUAAACUCACCAACCCUGCCAGCUCUGCUACUGCCUCCUAUAGAAUGAUAGUGAACUAUGGACCAGAGUCCAUGACCAUCCUGGGCCGACACAUCGCUGAGGUGGAGUCAUUCACCCUUAUUUACUGCUCUGUUCAGUCUGUACCGCCUGCUACGUUCACCUGGUUGUUCAAUGGCCAGCAGACAGGUGUACAUGAAGCUGGAUACAUCAUAAGGAGCGUCAGCUACAACAACAGCGGGGACUACAGAUGUGAUGCUAGGAAUGAUCUCACCGGAAAUGUUAUCAGUGUGGACCAUAGUCUGUCAGUGAAAGAUAAAACCCCUCCACCCCUAAGCCCAGAGGUAGCAGCAGGUAUAGCAGUCGCUGUGAUGUUGGUAGUGGUUGCUGUAGCUCUUGGUCUCUAUUUCAGCAUAACUCAUCAUCGGAACAAGAAAGGAAACAAUUAAGAGAAAGAUACAGACGCACUGAGCAGAUCGUCCCAGACAGAGGAUAUGUCCAUGUCCAGCACUGACAAAGGACGUGAGGGGCACGAACUGACUACCCAAAUCCAGGACAGAACCCAUGAUCGCAAACAACCACAACCAGGCACCAGCCAUACUAUAGCCACCAGCCAUUCACCAGGAACUAAAGCUUCUGCAGGUGUACACGAGUAUGAGUGCAUAGCAAUUAAGAAAACUGGAGCUCCAACACCACCUUCAAGAGGAAAGCUUCCUACCAGACAAACCAACACUGACACUGACUCCACCAUGUACAGUAAAAGUAUAAAUUGAGAGCAGCUGAUCUCAACUACAUAUCUUCAGUUGGCUCUGGACUUCACCCAUGAGGUUUUACACCUUAAUCAAGUAAACAUGGACACAACAAACGACUGGAUGACCAGCCAAGAAGACUAGACACUACUGUACUCCACCUCUGAUGAGACACUGGUCUUUGUCUAAUUGCUCAAUGUAAUAUAGACCAGGUAACAGUACACUGAGACACAAGGACAAAUUGUAUCCCCUUAAAUUACACACACCAGUUGAAGUCCUACUCAUUUGAAUUGACUUUCCCUGGUCAAACUGCCAUCCCUCAGACCAUAAUGACCUGUGUUACAUUAAAUACCAUUCAGGGGAGUUUACACUGAACCACAUUACACAUGUAACAGAUGUAACAUCAGGUUUUUUCCUCUGAAAGGAGGACGUUUGAGUGCUCCUGCUAUGCUUGCUAGUGCACUAUAUAGGAUGCAGAAGAUUCACUGAAAUUCCAAUAAAAUAAUGGAAUUAAUGUUUUAUUCAUCUCAUGCACUGAACGAUGCAACAUGUAUGGAUUUUGUUAAUGACUCUGGAAUUGGGUGUAAUACAAAUAAUCUUGACCCUCACACUUUAUUUACAAUAAUAUUAUACACAUAUUAUACACAUCUCAUGCACUGUGAGUGUUAAAUGAGUAGAGUUGGAGUGGAUGAAAAUAUCACAAACGAGUACAUCAACAACUUUGUAUUUAUCAUAGGUCUCUGUUCACUAUAGGUUCUUGUAAAUAUUUCUUAUUUUGUCUCACAGGAUUAACUGAACAAUAAAGAAAUGAAUCCCAAUGUGAAAUAUCUUGGAACAUACAA